AUGUACGUCUGGCAGAACAAGGAUCUGCCUCCCGACCCUGACUUCCCUGUGGAUCUCAAGGGACUGGGUUUCUACAUCAAUGGCAAUGACCAAAUUCGUCAAAUUGCCAACCCAGAAGAAGGAUACAAAUACAAAGUCAACCGCAAUGACCGCUUCAAUGUCAGGUUCCGCGAAUCCCUCAAUGGCUGUAUCCGACAGAUCAUCAUCGAUCGUCUGAAGAAAGCUGGCUUGGAAAUCCUUCGUCUUCCCCUUGGCAGAAAUGAAGAUGAAAGCCACGUGCCCAUCCUCACAACGGCAGACCUUGCUCAAAAGUCCCGCAUCAUCGUUGUCAUCGGCGAACCUGUGCAAGACCUCGGCGUGUGGGCCUACCGGUCCAUCCAUGACGGCAUCAACCUGGGGUCAGCAGUCGACUUCACCGACGCUGUGCUCGGUGAUGGCAAGAACAAGGAAGUUGGCCUCGUUAUGGCUAACGCUGGACAGUUGACCUGGCACUGUGCCUCGCAGCGUGCUAUCAGCCGGCAGACUUGGCUUGCAACCCCUCGUCCAUAUGCAAACUGGGGCCAGGCCACGAUGAGCUGGCGGAAUAAGAUUCCCAGCAACGGUGACUGGCAGCAGCAUGUUCAGUAUGUCUUCGAGAAGGUAUUGUGGCCAAUUGUGCAAAAGGACACCCGAAUCGAUAUCAUCGGUAUGUCCGAGGGUGGUCUGGGAGUGAUUAGAUACCUGCAGAAGGACUGGCACGUCUGGAAGCCUUAUGUCUCCGGCAUCUGUCUCGGAGACCCACAGCAGACAACUCAUACUGACAUCGACAUGGGUACCCUUACGGAUCCUUCGUCGUUCACUUCGUUCCUGGCCUCACGCUGCCGCGCAUAUCUCCUUUCCUCUACUCCUCUCGGUAGUCGCAUGGCUGGCUAUCGGCUGUUUGGCUGUAAUUGCUAUUCUUCAGGCGAGGGUUUGAACGUCGAGUGUAUCAUUCCUGCCUCGUGGAGAGAUAUGCUGAAGUGGCUUGAUAUGUUAGGUAAUGACCCAGGGUAUUCAGAGCAUGUCAUGCUGCGUGCUGAGGACAUGGACGAAGAUAUGCGCCGUGGGUUGGAUGAGCAGGUGGAGGAUGAGAAGGAAGCCGAGGACGCCGAGGAGGCCAAGCAUGAAGAAGACCAGGCCGCAGAUAUUCAAUGCCAGCAAGAGCUGAAGGUUGCUGCGGAGGCGGCACAAGAAGAUAAAUUUGCCGAUCUUGGGGAGCAAGACCUGAAUGUUGCGGUUAAAGCACCCGAGACUGAAAUAAUCAAGUCAGAUAGCGAGGAAGAGAAGGGCCAUUCGGUGGCCGAGAUCACCCAGAUCAUGGAUGAGCUGAAGGUGACUGAUGCUGCGGCCUAA